GAGCAACCUCAAACCCGUCGCACCUGUCGGCAUAGCUUAUUCUUCGUAGGUUCAGCACGAUGCCGGUGCCAACUCGGGUGCAAGCCGCGAAAAAUAUAUGGAUAGCAGCAGGAGACGGCGACUUGGAGCGAGUCCGAGAAUUGAUCGAAGGCGAAGCUUUAUCGCCCAAUGUCCCGGAUCCCAACUCAUACACACCGAUGCACGCUGCUGCGUCGUAUGGACAUCUCGAGAUACUAACGUAUCUUAUCUCGAAAGGCGGAGAUGUCAACGUUACGGACGACGACGGUGACACCCCUCUAUAUACUGUCGAGAACAUCGAGACGGCGAGGUUCCUUGUGGAACACGGCGCCGUAGUAGCGAGGACAAACCACGAAGGUGUAUCGCCCAUUGAUUACCUUGCCGAAGACUUCCCAGAAGUCUCUACGUACCUGCAAUCAUUGACCACUACGUCCGAGACCCCGGGCGGAGUGCUCGACUCUGCGCACCAGCCAUCGCAGCACGCACAGCAUACCGCAUCGGAGAAUUUGACGUCUUCACUGCUGGCGUCAGCUCACGAUAUUCUGCAGCGCGCGGAGGCGGAGGGACGCGAUCCCGAGGAGGAGCUGAGGAGACUUGUAGGUCAGACCGUAUUGGACGGCAUGGUGACUGGAUACGGUAUGGGGCAGAGUGCUGAGCAGGAGAAUGUGCGGCGAGAGAGCGACGAGCCAGCCGACGGAGUGAAGAGGCCCCGAACGACGGAUGAUACCAGCUAGCAUUUGUAUCCGAGCGUGUACUGUACUUUGUAAAUACCGC